CGCGCGCGUGUGUAUGUGUGUGUGAAAAGGAAGCGGAGUCUGUAAACGGUGAACUCAGUGAUUUACCCUCCACAAACUACCGCACCGUAUUAAGCUUUACUUCUCCGAAAGCGUCAAAGCCGAGAAGUUAUCACACGGACUGAAGGAGUGGAAACCGCGUGCGUUCACAAACGAGUCCGCGGGCGGCGUGAACGCGCAUAAAUUAGCAACGCGAGGUCGUCUUUUGUUGAGGCAUUUGCCCAGUUUCUCAUCUGUAUGGACGUCGGCUCUCUCGGGAUAACGUGUCCGCGUGAUAUCGUUCAGCCUCGGGUUCUUGGAUUUUGGCCCAGGCCGAGAACUUCGCGGGUUUGUUUUUUGAAGGAACAGACGCGGAUUUGGGUUUGAAGUUGUUUGCAGCGGUCCGAUCGGAACUUAGAUCAUCAUACUGGCGGCUCUUCUGAAACACUGGGGUAGUUGGUGUGGCCAAAUUUUCCCUGGAUUUGAUUGGUAAAUUCAGAAGACUGAAGCCCAGGCUCACAGUCUACCUUUCACGGAGGCCCAGCCGUGAGAGGACAGAGGAAGGCACGUGGCGAAUCAUGACUGCCGACAAAGAGAAGGACAAGGAGAGAGAGCGCGACCGUGACCGAGACAGAGACCGCGAGAAGCGGGACAAAACGCGGGAGAGCGAGAGCUCCCGGCCCCGGCGUAGUUGCACGCUGGAGGGCGGGGCUAAGAACUAUGCAGAGAGCGAACAUAGCGAGGAUGACGACAACGAGACGCCUGGGGCCGCUAACGCCGAGGAGGGCACUAAGAAAGGCAAGAAAAAGUUGCCCAAAAAGAAGUCACGCUACGAGCGGACGGAGAACGGGGAGAUCACUUCCUUCAUUACAGAGGACGAUGUUGUUUACAGACCUGGCGAUUGUGUGUACAUAGAGAGCCGACGGCCGAAUACGCCCUACUUCAUCUGUAGCAUUCAGGACUUUAAGCUGAGUAAACGGGACCAUCUGUUGAUGAAUGUAAAAUGGUACUACCGCCAGUCUGAGGUGCCUGACUCUGUCUACCAGCACCUGGUGCAAGACCGCAACAAUGAAAACGAUUCUGGUCGAGAGCUGGUUAUUACUGAUCCCGUGGUUAAGAGCAGAGAGCUCUUCAUCUCAGACUAUGUGGACACCUAUCAUGCUGCUGCCCUCAGGGGGAAAUGUAACAUUUCACACUUCUCUGACAUAUUCGCUGCCAGGGAGUUCAAAGCUCGAAUCGACUCUUUCUUCUACAUCUUAGGAUAUAACCCAGAAACCAGGCGAUUAAACAGUACGCAAGGCGAGAUUCGAGUCGGCCCCAGUCACCAGGCCAAGCUGCCAGAGCUCCAGCCCUUUCCCUCUCCUGGAGGUCAAACAGUGACGGAGAAUGAGGAGCUUGUCUGGAUGCCUGGGGUCAACGACUGUGACCUGCUCAUGUACCUGCGAGCAGCCAGGAGCAUGGCUGCGUUUGCAGGCAUGUGUGACGGAGGGUCAACGGAGGACGGCUGCCUCGCCGCCUCGCGAGACGACACUACACUUAACGCAUUAAACACUCUUCACGAGAGCAGCUAUGAUGCCGGAAAAGCCCUGCAGCGACUGGUGAAGAAACCAGUACCCAAGCUGAUCGAGAAGUGCUGGUCAGAAGAUGAAGUGAAACGGUUCAUAAAAGGUUUAAGGCAGUACGGGAAGAACUUUUUCCGGAUUCGGAAAGAAUUGCUCCCUAACAAGGAAACGGGCGAGUUGAUCACCUUUUAUUAUUAUUGGAAGAAAACCCCAGAGGCUGCUAGCUGCAGAGCCCACCGUAGGCACCGCAGACAACCCGUCUUCCGCCGGAUCAAGACCCGUACCGCCUCCACUCCCGUCAACACUCCGUCCCGUCCACCUUCCAGCGAGUUCUUGGACUUGAGCUCAGCCAGUGAAGAUGACUUUGACAGUGAGGACAGCGAGCAGGAACUGAAAGGCUACGCCUGCCGACACUGUUUCACUACAACCUCCAAGGACUGGCACCACGGGGGUCGCGAGAACAUCCUGCUGUGCACGGACUGCCGUAUCCAUUUUAAGAAGUACGGAGAGCUGCCCCCAAUCGAGAAGCCCGUGGACCCGCCACCGUUUAUGUUCAAACCCGUCAAAGAGGAGGAUGAUGGACUCAGUGGGAAGCAUAGCAUGAGGACUCGACGGAACCGCGGCUCGAUGUCAACGCUACGAAGUGGCCGCAAGAAGCAAACCGCCAGCCCAGAUGGCAGAGCCUCACCGACCAAUGAGGAUCUGCGGUCCAGUGGGCGUACCUCACCUAGUGCAGCCAGCACCUCCAGUACUGACAGCAAGACUGACUCGAUGAAGAAACCCAGCAAGAAGAUAAAGGAAGAGGCACCAUCGCCUAUGAAGAGUGUCAAGCGUCAGAGAGAGAAAGGAGCGUCUGACACAGAGGAGUCGGAGAGGACGAGCGCAAAGAAGUCUAAAACACAGGAGCUGAGUCGGCCGGACUCGCCCUCUGAGUGUGAGGGAGAAGGCGAGGGGGAGAGCUCAGACGGUCGCAGCGUGAAUGACGAGGGAAGCAGUGAUCCUAAGGACAUUGACCAGGACAACCGUAGCUCCUCCCCUAGCAUUCCCAGCCCACGGGACAACGAAAGCGAUUCAGACUCCUCUGCACAGCAGCAGCAGAUCCUCCAGGGCCAGCAUGCUCCAGUUAUCCAGUGUCAGACAGGAGCUCUACCCCCAGCUCCACCCCCAUCAGCUGCAGCAUCCACACCACCAACCUCAGGCGCACCUUCACUAUCUUCCCAGUCAUCCCCCUCGAUUCCCCCCACCACCUCCAUGCCACCUCAGCAGAUACCUCCAGCGGGUCCACUCGCUCUUAUCCAGUCAGGGGUGCAAAGGUUACCCUCACCCCAUUCCCCUCUGCAGGGCAUACCUCAGCCCCCACCACCUUCUCAGUCCGGCCCUCAGUCCUUGCAGCCUCCACUACACGGCCCCAUGCCGCCCAUGGGCCACCCUCUGCAGGCAGGGCCAUCUCACAUGCCUCACCCUCACGCUUUACCCCCUCAGCCCUUCCCAAUUGUUCAGUCUCAGGUGCCUCCUUCACCUCUUUCAAGUCAGGCGCAGCGACCUCACACCCCUCCAUCCCAAUCUCAGACCUCCUCACAGAGCGGCAGCCAGCCUCCCAGAGAGCAGCCCUUACCGCCAGCGCCAUUGCCCAUGCCCCACAUCAAACCUCCACCCACUACUCCUAUCCCACAGAUGUCGAACCCUCAAUCACACAAACAUUCAAACCACCCUCCAUUCCCACAAAUGCCUUCCAAUCUCCCCCCACCGCCAGCCUUAAAGCCCCUCAGCUCUCUAUCCACGCACCAUCCUCCUCCCGCCCAUCCGCCUCCAUUGCAACUCAUGUCGCAAAACCAGCAGCUCCAACCUCCACCAGUCCAACCUCCAAUACUCACCCAGUCUCAAAACCUGCCAGCUACAGGAAGUCAGGUGCCUCCUCCUGCUCCUCCUCUUCCUUCGACUUCUCAUUCAGCGCCUUCUCAACCGCCCUUCCCUCCACCUCCUCCUCCUCAUUCCUUCAUGCCAGGUAGCUCGCCCAUCGUGUCACCCUCCGCCAUUCCAUCUUCUGCAACGAGUUCCAUGGCUACGCUGCAACAGCCACCAUCAUCCUCCAUUUCCAUGCCGCUGCCUGCGUCGGUCAGCACGCCCUGCUCGGGACCCUCCACUGUGCCACCUGUACAAAUUAAAGAGGAGCCUCUAGAUGAGACGGAGGAACCGGAAAGUCCUCCACCUCCACAGAGGAGCCCUUCACCUCCACCCACCGUCGUCAACACUCCAAGUCACGCCAGCCAGUCAGCACGGUUCUACAAGUAUCUGGACCGAGGUUACAACACAUGUGCCAGAACAGACUUCUACUUCACACCUCUGGCCUCAUCAAAACUGGCAAAGAAAAGGGAGGAGGCACUGGAGAAAGCCAAAAGGGAAGCUGAACAAAAAGCACGAGAAGAAAAAGAGAAAGAGCGAGAGCGGGAAAAGGAGAGAGAGAGGGAGCGGGAGAGAGAAAAAGAAGCGGAGAGAGCUGCCAAAGCAUCCAGUUCUUCCCACGAGGGUCGCAUGGGGGAUCCUCAGAUGCCAGGAUCGGCUCACGUGCGAACGCCCUUCGAUCCACCACCCACCACCAUCGCCACUGUGCCCCCGUACAUCGGCCCCGACACGCCCGCCCUGCGGACGCUCAGCGAAUACGCCCGGCCCCACGUCAUGUCGCCCACCAACCGCAAUCAUCCGUUCUUUGUUUCGCUCAAUCCCUCAGACCCUCUCCUGGCCUAUCACAUGCCUGGCCUAUAUAACGCGGAUCCUGGCAUGCGCGAACGCGAGUUUAGGGACAGAGAGAUCCGAGAGAGGGAGAUCCGAGAGAGAGAGCUCAGGAUGGAGAGGAUGAAGCCUGGCUUUGAGGUCAAACCUCCAGAAUUGGACGGUCUGCAUCCUUCCGCUAACCCAAUGGAGCACUUUGCCCGGCAUGGGCCUAUCGGUCUCCCUCCCAUGGCUGGCCCUCAUCCAUUUGCCACCUUUCACCCCGGUCUGAACCCGCUGGAGAGGGAGCGGCUGGCGUUGUCCGGGCCUCAGUUGCGGCCUGAGAUGGGCUACCCCGAUCGGCUAGCCGAGAGGCUACAUGCCGAACGAAUGGCUUCUGUGGCUAACGAUCACAUACAGCGGCUGCAGAUGUACAACGUGACGCCACACCACCAUCAGCACUCGCACAUCCAUUCACACCUACAUUUGCACCAACAGGACCCGUUGCACCAAGGUGGUGGUGAAUGUCUUGUAUGCCCCCCAGGUUCUGGGGGACACCCCCUCGUAGACCCGCUGGCAGCCGGACCGCACCUCGCACGAUUCCCUUACCCGCCCGGAGCCAUCCCCAACCCACUGCUCGGACAGCCUCCCCACGAACACGAGAUGCUUCGGCACCCUGUAUUCGGUGGUCCGUAUCCCAGAGAUAUGCCAGGGGGGCUACCACCACCCAUGUCAGCGGCACACCAGCUGCAGGCCAUGCAUGCACAGUCUGCAGAGUUACAGAGACUGGCAAUGGAGCAGCAGUGGCUACACGGUCACCACCACAUGCACGGAGGACCUCUGCCGGGACAGGAGGACUAUUAUAGCCGGUUGAAGAAAGAGAGCGACAAGCAGCUGUGAUCAGCCGAGGACUCCCAGAGAUCAGCAGAAGAGUCACACGCAUGUCCUUGGAACAUUUUAAGUUUGACAAACUGACAAGGAUCGUCUGAGGAACCUCUUUUCUCCUGUCAGCUUUCUUCACUAUUCCGGACCUUUUUGUUAGGACAUUGACUUUGUUUGGGAUGUGGUAGGGGGGUUGUAUAUUGUUCAAGUAGUGACAGCGUCCACAAGACUGAUUGUGACUUUCCUGCAUGAACAUACUCUGAGAAUCUUCCCUGAUGUUUCUGUAGGUGCUAGAAAACCAGAUACUUUGUCACUGUGCUAACUGGGGGCUAAAGGAACAGAACAGUCGGGCCGUUAUAUCUGAAAAGUGCUAUCUUAAAUUCAAUGUUUAUUUUAAUACAUUGUAGGAAGUUUUCAUAAUGUUAAGAGAAGCUGCAGCAUGGCGUUUUUUUGAGUCUGUAAAUAGUAUAUAAAUAUAUAUAUACAUAUAAUUAUUACUAUUAUUAUUAUUAUAAUUAUUAUUAGGUGUGUAUUCCUAACCAAGUUGUUAGACCUCCACUAUAAUAAUUUCGGAAGUGUCAUCCCUUGUUUCAGAGGGGGAAGGAGGUGACACUCACUAUUAGAGCAGGUAACCAUGUCAGAUGGUUCGGUCCAUUAAGCCGGGAUGCUGGGAGAACGGUACCAGGUUUUAAUCCAAAAAAAAUUGUUUUGUUUUAAUUCGAUUUUUUUUUCUCCGUAUUGACAGUCGUUCAUGACAUCAUGACCUUGUUUUUCCUCUCAUGGCUGAACUCGAUUCGAAAAACUUGAAGAGGAGGUGGUGCCGUGUUUUGUAAAGAAAAAUAUUGCACUGAUUAAUCUCAAAGACUUGUUAUUCGACUAAUUGGCUUUUUGAAAUGUGAGCAAGUGCAUUUUAAAAGUCUUCAGUGUUGAUUUUUGUGUACCAAAGCAGCUGUAUCGAAAGUGAACCGAGUUCAUCAUUCAGCUGGUUCCACGGUUGAAGUACUUACAGAUUGCAAACCGAUCGUGCUUUAAGUAAUCCUAACACAUCUAAAUGCACAUUAUCUGUUGUUUUAUGGCUAGUUUUACACUUUGAAUUAAAGGGUGCUGGUAAAGAUGGCAAUGCCCCCCAUUUAUCUUCUCUUACAAGCUGCUCACCCAAUCAUUUUCCAGAUCUACUGUACAAAUUCAUGAAACCAUUCUCACUGUGAAGCCUGGGGAAAAUGGUGAGCGAGAUAUGUAGAGCUUGGAUUUGAGUCUCUGUACGUGUGUGUGCAUGUGUUCACAUUAGUAGAGAUGACCAUCUGAGCAUUACCCAUGAUGCAUGAGGCCUCUUUCGUUUGUCUCCAUCAUGUCGAGGCUGUUCGAUAGCAAUCAUUGACUGUUACAUGCAGUAUUUUUUUUUCAGUUUACAACUGUAAAAAAUUCAUUAACCUUUUAUUGCUGGAAUUUGGGCCUUUUUUGAGCGUACAGUAAACAGUAUAAGCCCAAAAUGGAUCAUCACUUUCUGUAAUUGGAUUGUCAUCUAUCUUUUUCUGUCUCGAUGUAUACAGCAUUUUUCUUUGUUUUAAACAUUUUCUCCUUUUGUCCCUCUUUUGUGUCUUAAACCUUUGAUGUUGAGUGUUGUCAAUGGUUUAGCUUCUUGUUUCAAAGCGGCAAUAGCAGAAUGUACAUUCUGACUGCUAAGAUUUAUAUAUACUGGUAUCUUGAAGCUUAUUGUAUAUAUUAGUAGUCGCCAUGGGAUGACACGGUGUAAACAAAAAGUAGAGAUAAUUAAGGCAAAUUGUGAGUCCUGUGUUCUCCCCAUUUGAGUAUUUUGUAAUUUUUUUGAAAAAUUUGUGGAAUUAAAAUAAAACUAAGUUACAACACAUGAAAA